CUCCCCUUUCAUAUCUGAGAAGAAAAUGUGCAAAACCCUACGUGGCACACUGCUCCUACUGGCCAUCUUUGUCCUGUUUCUGAAUUUCAGCCAUGCAACUGCAAAACAUACCAGGGGAGGUAUGGAUAUUUUUAAGAGAAACUUCAUAGGAAAAGACAAACUGAAGGAUGUAUAUGAUGUCUUCAAAUAUCUUUACAACACGCAAACUGCUGAAACAUAUCUCAGCAACAUAAAAUUCACCAUGAACAUAUGGGGAUUUGGUGACUUUGAAGUGGUUAAAACCAAAUGUAGAAAGAUUGAGUCUGACUUCUACAAAUGUUCUUUCCAGGGGGAAUUCUAUACCAUAAAGCGGACUCCUGAAGAAACAAUAUACUAUAUAUCAUUGCCUGGAAGCGUCAGAUGCAGGAAGCUCCUAUCUAAACUGGCCAACUGUCCCUUCGAAGAACAAACAGAACAGCUGAAGAGAGAAAUAUGUUACUUUGUACUGUAUCCUGAUUAUAUUGAGCAAAAUAUACAUGCUGCAAGAUUCGAUUGUUAUGCCAAAUGAGACUCUGAGACUGACUGGCCUGUUACCCAACACUUGCAGACAUCGAUUCUACUUCUGGAAUUCUAAUAUCGAAUCACCCUUCAGUAUGGAUCCCGGGAGUCACAGAGACAUGCAGUUCAGUUAUGUACACCUGAACAAUUGUCUUCCUUUUACAUUUCACAUACUUCUUUUAAAUGAACCAUUGUAAGCCUGCCAUAACAAACCUAUGCUUUGCUCAAUAAAAGUACUGCCAUUCAUCUUGA